UGGGGCUGAAGGGAUCUACUCCAGCUGCUUUAUCAGAGACUAAUUAUCCGUUUGAAAUAAAACUCAAUGGUCCCUUAAGGUGCACGGACUAUAACGCGAAGUAAGCAUGCGCUCCUCUCUAGCAAUGGCUAUAUAUGCCAAUGGAAUCUUGCCUUGGAGAUUUUCUGUUUGACUCUUAAAAUUUUCUCGAGGCAGGUAGCUUUUUUUCAAAUUUUCUGCAUGGUUUUGCCUCUAAAGAAUUAACAUUCUCUCCAAAUAUUCUCGUCGAAAAUAUUCUUGACGGAGAUCAAGUUGCUUGAGAUGACGUUCGACUCCUUCUCACCCCUAGAGGUGAUCGAGGCGGUAGCCAACACAGGUGUGUACAAGGGUAACAUGCGCUUGGACAAGGUCUUCUUUAGCUCUGUGUCAGCUGGUUGUUUGCUGUCCUUCGCAUGUGGAACUGUCUUGAGCACCAAUGCUUCUCCUUGGUUCCAAGAGAAUGCUGCUGGCUUGAUCCGCACUAUCAGUGCCCUGGUUUUCCCUUACGGACUGUGUAUGAUCAUCUUGACUGGCGCCGAUCUAUGUACCGGGUCUUUUAUGUUUACUACCGUUGCUGCUUUGCAACGCCGACUACCCUGGUGGAAGAUGCUUGUCCACUGGGUCGUGACCUUCUUGGGAAACUUGGCGGGUUCUCUAUUCAUGGUUGCAAUUAUUUUUGGCUAUGGCGAGGUUUUCUCCAAGGAUCCCUUCAAGUCAGCAGUCAUCAAUUUCGCCACAAAGAAGCAAGUGACUCCUAGCUUCCACACGAUCUUUCUCCGAGGAAUUGGUUGCAAUUGGCUUGUCUGUUUAGGAUGCUUUUUUGGCUUGCAAGGACGUGACCUUGGAUCUAAAAUUAUUGGUAUCUGGUGGCCCAUCUUUGCUUUCGUCUCUCUUGGGUUCGACCACGUUGUCGCCAACAUGACAUUCGUUCCCCUAGGAAUCUGGCUUGAGGCUCCUGGAAUCAGUGCUGGUUUGUAUAUCUGGAAGGGCAUAAUCCCCACUUUGAUAGGAAACAUCCUUGGCGGAGGCCUCUUCUGCGGUACGUACUACUGGUACAUGUAUUUGCUUGACUUGAACACUCUCCCUAUCACUGGAAUGAGCAAGAAGACAGACCCUCCCACUCGACCGACAUCAAAGGGAGAUGUCGAGGCGGCUGCUGCAGACGCCUCCCCUGCAUCCACCGUGCUCCGCGCUUAAGCGGCUGUUAUGUUCUCCUCACGGCUCGGAAUGAGAGAUAUUUUCAGGUCACGCUUCCAUCCAUUCUCUAUCAAGCUAAAGCCUUGCCGAAGGACAUAAAUCAUGCCGAAGAGAUGUGAUAAGGGAAGGUGGACCUUUGUAACUAAACUCGCCACACUUAUAAUUCAUGAACAUACAAACGUGCUUCUCUCUACAUUGCCGGCCAUUACCGGCUAUACCUCCAAAAUGCCAUUGUGAACAUGUCGAAAAGGAAUAAACUGAGAAAAUUUCUGCUUUGGAAAAGGCUGA